AUGUGGCCAAAAACACCAAGUGCUUUUAAAAAACUCAAAGAUUAUCAUUGGAAAAAGUUGUUGACAAACCAACAAGAAUUGUCAGGAUGGAGAACGAUGGCUGGUGGAUCCAAUGAACCACCAAAAGGGCAUAAUUUAUCAUUACCUGAAAGUAAGCAUGUCGUGAUAUGUGGAGGUGGUGUCAUGGGUGCUGCAGUUGCUUAUCACUUAGCAGCUGCGGGAUUAGGACCACAAACUAUUCUUCUUGAAGGGUCUAGAAUUGGUGAAGGGACAACUUGGCAUUCAUCUGGUUUAGUUGGAGCAUUUAAACCAAGUUUAUUUCAAGUGAAGCUAACACAAGAUAGUAUCGCUCUGUACAAAGAUCUUGAAGCAAGAGGUCUUUCAACUGGAUGGAAACAAUGUGGGAGCCUGUCAGUUGCUAGAACUAGAGAUAGGAUGACGUCCUUCAGACGUAUGAAAGCUCAAGCUGUAUCUCGUGACAUCGAAUGCGAGCUGAUAACUCCAGCAGAAGCCCAAAAACUUUGUCCUCUACUCCGAGUCGAUGAUUUAGUAGGCGGUAUUUGGAUCCCGGGUGAUGGUGUUGCUGAUCCUUAUCUUACUUGUUUAACUUUAAUCGAAGAAGCUCAGAAAAACGGAGUAGAAAUUUAUGAAAAUUGUCGUAUAACAAAAGUAUUGAGUAACCAAGGAAAAGUAUCCAAAGUUGAAACCACUCGUGGCUUGGAUCCAAUGACUCCAGUGGUACGAGAUCUAGACGGGUCUGUUUAUUUUCGCGAAAACGGGGGAAGAAUACUAGCCGGUGGCUUUGAAUCAAAUGCCAAGCCAGCAUUCGAAGAUGGGAAAAUACCUGAAAAUAUUUCGGAGCGAAUUUUACCCGAAGAUUGGGACCAUUUUCAUGUUCUGUUAGAAGAAAUGCUCCAGCGUAUUCCCUCGAUGGGAGAUGCUGAGUUAGAACGUCUGUGCAAUUGUCCAGAAGCCUUUUCUCCCGACUGUAAAUGGAUCGUCGGCGAAGCUCCGGAACUUCGAAAUUAUUACGUCGCAGCUGGAAUGAAAACCAUCGGAGUUUCGGCAGCUGGUGGAGUUGGACGAGCUACUGCGGAGCUGAUAAUUAAUGGAUCAACCUCCUUUGACAUGUACGAGCUAGAAGUCUCGCGGUUUUUGGGCCUCCAUAAUAAUCGGACUUUUUUACGUGAUCGAGUUAGAGAGGUACCGAGUACGCAUUACGCGCUUCAGUAUCCUCACCAUGAAUACAAGACUGGUAGAAAUCUCAGGAUGUCGCCGAUCUAUCCUAAAUUAAAAGAAGCUGGUGCUGUUUUUGGUCAAGUCAUGGGAUAUGAACGUCCUAGUUGGUUUGAGCCAGCUUCUGACGAUGAUUUUGACCCAAUUGAUGAGUCUCGCAGAUAUAAAAUCGCUUACACAAAUACUUUCGGAAAACCACCAUGGUUUGAUGCGGUUGCUAAUGAAUAUGCUGCAUGCAGAGAAACAAUUGGUCUAAGUGACUAUUCUUCUUUUACCAAAAUUGAUUUAUGGUCAAGUGGUACAGAAGUUGUGGACUUACUCCAAUAUCUGUGUUCAAAUGACGUAGAUGUGCCAAUAGGAGGUAUUAUUCACACUGGAAUGCAGAAUCAUCGCGGUGGAUAUGAAAAUGACUGUAGUUUGGCUCGUAUUUCACACAACCAUUACAUGAUGAUUGCACCGACAAUCCAGCAAACGAGGUGUAAGCAUUGGAUAAGACGUCAUCUACCAGCAGACGGAUCCGUCGCAGUGUCUGAUGUGACAUCAGCAUAUACUGCAAUUUGCAUAAUGGGAUCUGCGACUCGGCAAUUGCUAGCUGAGCUUACUGAUACCGAUCUUAGUCCUAAAAAUUUUCCGUUUUUUACUUUUAAAGAACUUGACGUAGGUCUGGCGACUGGAAUAAGGACGAUGAAUUUGACACAUACUGGAGAGCUUGGAUAUGUCUUGUACAUUCCCAAUGAGUUCGCUCUUCAUGUAUAUACGAGAUUGAUUGAAGCUGGCGAAAAAUACGGAAUGAAACAUGCUGGAUAUUAUGCGACGCGUGCUUUGCGUGUGGAAAAAUUUUAUGCAUUUUGGGGUCAAGAUCUAGAUACCUUUACUACUCCAUUAGAAUGUGGACGUGCUUGGCGUGUUAAAUUUGACAAAGACAUAGAUUUUAUUGGAAGGGAUGCAUUGAUGAAACAACGUGACACCGGAGUUGAGCGCAAGUACGUUCAAUUAUUAUUAAUUGACCACGAUCCGGACAUCGAUAUCUGGAGCUGGGGAGGCGAACCGAUAUAUAGAAAUGGACAAUACUGUGGAAUGACAACUACUACCGGUUAUGGAUAUACUUUCAAAAGCCAAGUAUGUCUUGGAUUUAUUCAAAAUAUUGACGACAAAGGUCGUAAUCAAGUAGUGACCAAUGAGUACGUGUUAUCAGGUGACUACGAAGUUGACGUUGCAGGUAUAAGAUACCGAGCCAAAUGCCACUUACACAGCCCGAAUCUGCCGACUAAAUUUCCUGACAAGGAACGUGAUUCUUAUCACGCUACUCGUGAUCAAGUAACUCGGUAA